GCCCCGAUUUCAGGGUACGCCGUAGCCAGUCAGCCAAAGGCCAAAGCCCUUCCCGGCCAAUUAAUCUAAGUGUGAGCGUCGCCGUUGCAGAGAAAACUCUCCACCACCCGCCGUCCAGAGCAGCCGAAGCAAGAAAUCUUCGCGGUGAAUCGACUUUUCUCAUUGAGACUAUAUGGCUCGAGGUAAACAAAUUAUCUCUGCGACUACUUCCUUCGUCUUUAAAGUUCGCGUCGACUGAAAGGUGCUCUAACUGUCUUCAUUUCUCCGGGAAUGCUUCUCAAUGAACGCCGAUAGCUGUAGAUCUGUAAUCUCUUUCGCCGGAGUGUGACGAGAAACUAGUUAGUAGUUCGUCUCUUGCGUUUGCGCUUUCCGCUUCGCAAUCACUGAAAUCGUACUCCAAUCCGUCGGUCAGUUUGUGGUGUAGUGGUUCUGGACUCUGCUGUUCUUGGCUAUUUUCUUGCGGGAAAUGGAUCAAUUGCCGCCAAAAAGCGGUUCUCUGGUGGAUCUGGACGAUGUAAAGCAUGUAUCUAGGUUGAGUACGAUUCUAGUUGCGACGAUUGAAGAGGCGAAAGACAGGAUUUCUCAGAUCGAGUACAUAUUCUGCAACCAGCUCUACCCUAAUGUCCAGACCAAGUACAAGAACUCGCAGGAGGUUUAUCUGGAGGCGAAGAGACGAGCAGAGGAUGGAUAUAAAGAGAAAGAGAAUGCACUCUUGCUCCGCAUUGAGGAGCUCGAACGCGGGCAGCAAGAAGCAAUUGCAGAGAACCAGUCUCUGAAGCUCGAGAAGGAAAAGUGGUUGGAAGCAAAGAAGAGGGAGAUGAAAUCUGGUGUCGAAGCGGGAAACGAACAGGAGAGAAUUGCUUUACUAGAACAGCAACUUCGCCAGAAGUCUGUUCAGGUUGAAAGGGAAAUCGAAUUGAGCGAUAGGGUGAUUCAAAUGGUUCAAUCGAAAUCGUCCAAGAUACUUGAACAGUCACUGCAGCUCAAGCAGCAGGAAGAGAAGGCAAAUGGGUUGGUUGGGAAAGUUGAGGAGUUGGAGAGGAAGGCUAAGGAACUCAUGAAGGAGAUAGGAGAAAAGAAUGAGGAAAUUGAUAGGCAAAAAGAUGGAUUGGAAUCGAAAAUCUUUAGGGAGAGAAAGAUUACUGAAGAGGAGAAGGUCAAGCUUAAGGAGAAGAUCGAUGAACUAAAAAGAAAUCUGAAUGACAAGAGUAGAGAAGUGGAGGAGGGAAGAGCAUUGCAGGAAGAGCUGCAAGAGCAGGCAAGUAAACUAGCUGUUAAACUUAGUGAUAAAGUCUUGAGUGAAUACUCUACGUGUAAGGAGCAUGCUAAGGUUCGAGAAGUGCUUGAAGUCAAAAUAAGAGGCUUAGAAGAGAAGGUGAAUGAGCUGCAGAAGAACAAUAUCAGUAGAGAUGAUGAAACAGAUACAGAAAAACUUGAAGAAUUACUAAAGCAAAUUCAAGCGAAAGAUGCUGAAUUGGUGGGUGAGAAGGGAAAGAACAAGGAUCUUGUUCAAGCAUACAAGAGGUUGAAACAUCAAUAUACCUAUCUAUGCGAGAAAUGUGGUCUUACAUCAGGGAACAUGCUUCCCCAGGCUAAAUUGGAAGAUGCAGGUGAUUUGUUCAAGCACCCCAAGAGUCCAACGGUAUCACCUGAGCUCAGGACUAAGGACUUAAACACUUCACCAUUUCCUCAACAGCCAAAGAAAGUGAAGAUAGAAGAUGGAAUCAAUGAUGUCGUUGAGACUGACAACCCGUGGAAGACGGUUUCAAAUCCAAGCUUCCACCUUCCUCCACCUCGUCCUGCAGCUCGGAAGCUUCCUCCACCCACUGCAAAAUCUCCCUCCAUAAUAAGCGGAGUAAAGCGGCCUGCUUCAGGGUGGGUCGAGACUCGGUCCGCCGCCCAGGGCAAAAAUGGGCCGGACCCACAUGACGAUUUCCUCAGCACUCCAUUGGAGAACCUCAGAGCAAACAGGAACAAAGCCAUCAUCAUCAUGGAGGAAGAAGAAGCCAACUUGUUUGCCGACGUGGUUCCAGCUAAGGCAGACGUGAUCCCUCGUGGUGAUAACGAUUCUGAUGACGAAACUCAGAACAUGAAUGUGGACCCCCGUCCAGCAAAGCGGGAUCAUCUAACCCUGCCAGAGGGGAAGAAGAAGAAGGGUUUCAAGUACGUGGAAACGGUUCGAAAGAAAGCGGACCGGGAGAAACUGCAAGGCGUGGAGUGCAAGCAGUGCAAGAAAUUCUACGACGCCGUUCUGGAGAAGGGAGGCGGUGGUGGUGGCAAUGAAAACCUGAGGUGCGAGCAUCAUGAUGGCGUCUCCAGGCAUCGGUACAGGUACGCCCCUCCCAUGACUCCUGAAGGGUUCUGGAACAUUGGGUUUGAAUCCGAAAUGUGAUUUAUCUAUUUACCUACCAGACUGCCUGCC